GACCGGCCCGGCCCUGCCCUGCCGUCGCCCACCCCGUCCCUCGCCCCUUCCCCGGGGCGGGCGGCGGGCGCGGCCGGGUGAGUCAGCGCCGCGCCGGGGGGGCUCGGGGCGGGGAGGGCCCGCCCGGCCCUACAAAACCCCGCCCGGGCCGCCGCCGGCCCCAGCCGCCGCCAGAGCCGCCGCCAGAGCCGCCCUGCCCGCCCCGGCCAGCAUUCUUUCACGAUGUCUACUGUCCAUGAAAUUUUAAGCAAGCUCAGCCUUGAAGGAGAUCAUUCUCUCCCUCCAAGUGCAUAUGCCACAGUUAAAGCAUACUCAAACUUUGAUGCUGACCGGGAUGCUGCAGCCCUGGAAGCAGCCAUCAAGACCAAAGGUGUGGAUGAGGUCACCAUCAUCAACAUCCUGACAAACCGCAGCAAUGAACAGAGGCAGGAUAUUGCUUUUGCCUAUCAGAGGAGAACAAAAAAGGUUUGCCAGACCCCAAAUGGUAGUCCUACAAGCCAGAAUGCUCAUCCAAAACCACAUGAACUUUCAGCAGCACUCAAGUCUGCUUUGUCAGGUCAUUUAGAGGCAGUGAUCUUGGGCUUGCUGAAGACACCAUCACAGUAUGAUGCAUCUGAACUGAAAGCUGCCAUGAAGGGCCUGGGAACUGAUGAAGACACUCUCAUUGAAAUCAUCUGCUCACGGACAAAUCAGGAGCUUAGUGAAAUUAAUAGAGUCUACAGAGAAAUGUACAAGACAGAACUGGAAAAGGAUAUUAUAUCAGACACAUCUGGUGACUUCCGCAAGCUGAUGGUUGCCCUGGCCAAGGGCAAAAGAUGUGAAGAUACUUCUGUGAUCGACUAUGAACUGAUUGACCAAGAUGCUAGGGAACUCUAUGAUGCUGGUGUGAAGCGGAAGGGAACUGAUGUGCCCAAAUGGAUCAACAUUAUGACUGAAAGGAGUGUUCCACACCUGCAAAAAGUGUUUGAGCGGUACAAGAGCUACAGUCCAUAUGAUAUGUUGGAGAGCAUCAAGAAGGAGGUUAAGGGAGAUCUGGAGAAUGCCUUCCUUAAUCUUGUCCAAUGCAUUCAGAACAAGCAGCUGUAUUUUGCGGACAGACUGUAUGAUUCCAUGAAGGGCAAGGGAACCCGUGACAAGGUCCUGAUCAGGAUUAUGGUCUCACGCUGUGAGGUUGACAUGCUGAAAAUUAAGAGUGAAUUCAAGAGGAAAUAUGGAAAAUCCCUCUAUUAUUUCAUCCAGCAAGACACAAAAGGUGAUUACCAGAGGGCACUGCUGAACCUGUGUGGUGGAGAGGACUGAAAACUGUGAUGGAAGAAAACCAGAUCAAGAGACAUGCUUUUUCUGCUCUUCCUAUUACUGUAACCCUAGGAAAAAUGACUUGCCUGGCUAACCUUGACUUGCCUUUCUAUCUGCAAGACCACUGUUAUAGCAUGCUUUCCAAGUGCUGUUUGCACUUCUCUCAGCAGCAGUGCUCUGCUUGGUUCCGCCAAAGUCCUUAACAGCAUAAAGCCACAGAAACUAACGUUACAGAGAUAAGAGGUGAAAGUGCUUCUGAAAGACCGCCUCUUUGUGCCAUGUUUCUAAUAAAACUUAAAUAAAACGGAAGUUUUACUUUAAGAUGUAUCUCUUUUGGACCUUUAAUUUGAAAAUUGUAUGAACAAUUGAUACAUAUUUA